CGUCAACAGCCAGCGACUACCAUUUUGACGGUAAAAUCGCUGAACGCUGGUGUGGAUUGUGGCUCUCUCGUCCCUUCAUAAAAUUAUCCCAUCAUGGCUAUGCAAGCAGCGAAACGAGCUAAUAUACGAUUACCCCCUGAGGUCAACAGAAUCCUGUAUAUUAGAAACCUUCCAUAUAAGAUCACAGCUGAGGAAAUGUACGAUAUCUUUGGGAAAUAUGGACCAAUACGUCAAAUCAGAACAGGGAACACUCCAGAAACAAGAGGCACAGCUUACGUGGUUUAUGAGGAUAUCUUUGAUGCCAAGAACGCCUGUGACCAUUUGUCAGGCUUCAAUGUCUGCAACAGAUACUUGGUCGUCCUCUACUACAAUGCAAACAGAGCUUUCCAGAAAAUGGACACAAAGAAGAAAGAGGAGCAGUUGAAGCUUCUGAAAGAGAAAUACGGCAUCAACACCGAUCCCCCAAAGUAGCUGCCCUGAAGAACUUCGCUCCCCCUCCCACAUCUAUACCACAAUCUUUUUUUAAUCACAUGUACAUCAUGAACUCUUCCUCGGCCAUUCUGUCAGUGGUGUUAACUGAUGUAAUCUGUUAGAAUGGUGAUGACGGCAAUAUAUUUUUCACCCUUUGGUAACACCUUGGAAGACAUAGUCGUAUACCACUCCACAGCUGGUAAAGUUGAUUCCCAGUUAAGUUUGAACUUUUGUUAUUUCCAUCAUCAAAUUUAGCAUAGCAAUGCUGGAUUGAUUAAAUGUAUGGUAGUUAAUCUGUGUGCUACUUAUUCCAAGUGUCAGCAUAUUUUUUUGUUUUGUUUGGCCUGUUAGAAUUUGUCAUUUCCCUCAUUUUCUGCAAUGUUUGAAUUCAAAACACACCGUGCAGCGUGUGAUGUAUAACCUUGGUUUGAUUAGUACUGAGUUUGUAAAAUAUGUCUUCUCUGUAAAAUAAAUGCUUCUUUUAUAAAAAGA